AUGUCCCAGCCCUCCACGCCAACCAAGCAGAAAAUCUGGAUUUUCUGUCGAGUUCGAGAUUGUUAUGUUUUGGAACGGGCGGUCCGUACGGAGAGCAAUGAACUGGACCCCAAUGGAAUGGAUUCAGAUGAAGAAGUGGAAUCGAGCAGACUGGAGACGAAGGCGGAAGUCAUGGAGAGAUUAGGAGGAGAAUCGAGAGCACCGCCACCUGCUCCGAUGAAGAAGAAGGCGGCGAGUCGAUUGUCGUUGAGGGAAAGAGAAGAGCAGAAGAGAAGGUCGGCAGAGAAGAAGAAGGAAGAGGAGGAGCCACAAGGGGCACUUGUUUACGAGAUGGGAGGACUACUGUCCCCACUCACCGACGAACACUACGAUGCACAGGACCCGAGGAGUGCGAUGGAGCAACUUUUCACCGACGUCGAACCGAUAGGAAAAGGAAAUUUCGGUGAAGUUUAUAGGGGAAAAUAUAAGGGGGAUAAGGGGAAAUGGUAUGCGAUCAAAAAAUCUCUAACAACCGAUUCGGGUAAGGCGGUGAAAGAGGUGAAAGGUUUCCAGCAGAUCCCUCCAAAUAAAUAUAUCACGGAGUACGUGUCCGGGUGGUUGGAUAGAGGUCUCGUCUAUAUUCAGACCGAGUUGUGUGAGAUGUCAUUGCUGGCAUACUGUAGAAACGGUCUGGAAGAAGACGAGAUCUGGAAAGUCUUAGUACAAGUAGUACUGGGGCUCCGGCAUCUCCAUACCUCCGGAUUCUGCCAUAAUGACCUAAAACCAGAUAAUAUAUUGGUAAAGGAUACGGUAAUUAAGAUUGCAGAUUUCGGUUUGGUCAGCCGAGUGAAUGAGGAGUGGUGUGCCGGAGAUGAGGGGGAUUCUAGGUAUCUUGCACCGGAGGUAUUUUCUCAGAAAGUGUUCACAACUGCAGGAGAUGUCUUUGCUGCUGGAAUGAGUCUGUUGGAGAUCACAACAGGACUCCAUAUGCCUCCACAGGGCGACGUGAGAAAUAUUCUGAUUGGUGGUCGCACGCCAUCCAGAUUCUUCCAUGGGCGGUCUAUAGACUUACGGGAAAUUAUUGAGUCAAUGAUUCGGAGGAAUCCAGAGGCUCGUCCAUCUGCCUGGGAGCUCUUGGAGCAUCCAAUAGUGAAAAGUUAUAAGGAUUCAAAAGAUGAAGUUUCAGGUGAGCAUCCAUGGACACCAGCGACAUCUACUUUAUCUGAAAAUUAUCGUCUACGUCGGAAGAAAUCCAGAAUGCCGCCACCACCAUCUGCAGACGAGACGCCGAAAAGAAGGGUUAAAGUACGCCAGGAGGAAGAUAAGGAAAAUGAGGAUCGACUCUUCAUGGCUCGUGUGCGGGCCAAAAAUGGACUUUUUGCCGAAGAAGAACAUUGCGAGUCAGAGGAGGACAAAUAUUUUAUCGCAGAUAUUGUUUAA